AUGUGUUCUCGUUUGGUAUUUCGAUCUAUGCAAGGUUCGGCACCAUCGUUGGUCUUCAAUCGUUUUCUCUCGUUGACACAAAUACAAUUCUCAGCAGCAGCUAAAUUAAAAGAAAAAACAGCAACUGGCACAAAGCCUGAAAAGCCUGCUGUUAACAUUGAAAAACCAUCAACUCUACCAACAACUAAAGCGAGUGAUAUAACAGCAGAGGAUAAAAAAGCAAUUCCACCACCAACAACGGGUACAAAUGACCCGAAUAAAACAUAUUCGGAAAAAAUUCAUCGACUUGUUGAUGAAAUAAGUAAAUUAUCAUUAGUAGAUGUUAUGGAUUUAAAUGAAUUAUUAAAAAAAACACUCAAAAUUCAAGAUGUGCCAAUCAUGGCAUCUGGUGGAGUUGGUAAUGUAGCACCGGCAGCCAAGAAAGAAGAAGACGAUGAAGAAACUGCUCGGCCAACAGCUCAAUCCGUAUUUAAAGUACGUUUGAUUAAAUUUGAUGAUACGAAGAAAGUCCCGGUUAUUAAACAAGUAAAAGAUGUUGUUGAGAACAUCAAUCUUGUUCAAGCUAAGAAGUUAGUUGAAUCAAUUCCUCAAGUUCUUCGAGAUAAUUUAAGCAAAGCUGAUGCUGAAACAAUGAAAGCUAAAAUUGAAGCUGCUGGUGGGCAUAUUCUAAAAAUGAUCUAUGUUUUAGAUAGAAAUAAAUUUAUUUAUUUCGUUAAACGGAGGCUAAUAAUGGCUCUCACGAAACGUCUUCCACUUGCGACGUUUCUUCAAUUGAGUAGUCGACAUUUAGCUACUCAAGCAACAUCAUCACCUGCAGCAACAAAUCCACCAAAAGCACAAGCGCCAGCAACACCACCGCCAGCUCCACCCCAAAAAACCAAAUUCGGCCCAUUGAAAGAUGAAGAUCGUAUUUUUACUAAUCUUUACGGUCGUCACGAUUGGCAUCUAAAAGGAGCAAUGUCUCGAGGUGAUUGGCACAAAACAAAAGAAAUAGUUUUGAAAGGUUCAGGUUGGAUCAUUGAUGAAGUUAAAAAAAGUGGAUUACGAGGUCGCGGUGGUGCUGGUUUUCCAUCUGGUUUAAAAUGGAGUUUUAUGAAUAAACCUUUCGAUGGACGACCAAAAUAUUUAGUUAUUAAUGCUGAUGAAGGUGAACCUGGCACUUGCAAAGAUCGAGAAAUUAUGCGUCAUGACCCACAUAAACUUCUUGAAGGUUGUCUAAUUGCUGGCCACGCAAUGGGUGCACGUGCUGCCUAUAUUUAUAUUCGAGGAGAAUUUUAUAAUGAAGGUUCAAAUUUACAAACAGCUAUUCAUGAAGCAUAUCAAGCUGGUUUACUUGGCAAAAAUGCUUGUGGAACUGGUUAUGAUUUCGAUAUAUUUGUUCAUCGUGGUGCUGGUGCUUAUAUAUGUGGAGAAGAGACUGCAUUAAUCGAAUCCUUAGAAGGCAAACAGGGUAAACCACGUUUGAAACCACCAUUCCCAGCUGAUAUUGGUUUAUUUGGUUGUCCAACAACUGUAACUAACGUUGAAACAGUUGCUGUUGCACCGGAAAUCUGUCGUCGUGGUGGUGAUUGGUUUGCUUCGUUUGGACGCGAAAGAAAUCGUGGAACUAAAUUAUUUUGUAUAAGUGGACAUGUGAAUAACCCAGUAACAGUUGAAGAAGAAAUGUCAAUACCAUUGAAAGAACUUAUUGAAAGACACGCUGGAGGUGUUCGCGGUGGAUGGGAUAAUUUAUUAGCAAUUAUUCCAGGUGGAUCAUCAGUACCUUUGAUACCAAAAAAAAUAUGUGAAGAUGUUUUAAUGGACUUUGAUGCACUCGUUGCUGUUCAAUCAGGUUUGGGUACAGCAGCCGUUAUUGUUAUGGAUAAAUCAACGGAUGUUAUCAAAGCUAUUGCUCGUCUUUCGGAUUUCUAUCAACACGAAUCAUGUGGACAAUGUACGCCAUGUCGUGAAGGAACUGGUUGGCUAGCUAAAAUGAUGAAUCGAUUUGUAACUGGCAAUGCCCGUCCAGCAGAAAUUGAUAUGAUUUGGGAAUUAUCAAAACAAAUUGAAGGUCAUACAAUUUGUGCUUUAGGUGAUGCUGCUGCAUGGCCUGUUCAAGGUCUUAUUCGACAUUUUCGACCAGAAAUAGAACGUCGUAUGGCUGAAUAUGCCGCAAAACAUGGUGAUGCCAAAACAAUCAAUGCCAGUGCUCAUUGA